AUGAAUUCAGAUAGAAGUGACUAUGAUACAGUCUCAAUUGGCAUUGGAUUAGGUGUAUUUUGCCUUCCGUUAACUUUACUAAUCCCAGAUUUCUCCGUGUGGAAUGCCAUACCAAAGUUCAGAGUGUCACGAUUCCACAUCAUAGCCCAGUAUCUCACUCCAAGGCAACUGAAUAUUGCAUUAAUUGUGGUGCAAUUCGUGCUAUUCUUAUUGUUUCUCGAAAUUCGGAAGCGAAAACUUCAAGAAAUGGUGAAUGCAGUGAUGACGGUGACAAGAGAAACAGAUACCACCAUGGAUGAAGAGCGUGUGAAGCAGGCGGCUGCGGUCAAAGCCUGCGUACAGUUGCUGGACGUAUCUACCGAUCAUUACGAAAACCUCGUCCUUCUGAAAGACGAAAUUCGGAAGAGAGAGAAAUCUAAGCAACAUCCGCCGUUUAUUGAACCUAGUACUUCGAGUGUAUAA